CCCCCCACCCGGUGAACAUAUGCGAGCCUGCUGCCUAGCGGCAUCAAGUUUCAACUGGGUUCAACUGAGAAGCUGUUAGACGAUCUUUCCCUCUUGCCACGUCGCUCACUGGGACUGUGCCAAGCGCAAAAGAUGUCCAACCUUCUCUCAUUGCUGCCUGUCAGCAUUCCCUCGAGCCCCCAUGUUAUCGUUACAGACCAUCCAUACCUUGCGGCCGUCCUUCUUGCACUUGGCUCCCUCUCUUUGGUCAAGUUCAUCAUCAAGACACUCGGGGUAUUUACCCAGACUUUCCUUCUCCCGGGAAAGAGCUUGAAGAAGUAUGGUGCUGGCAAGGGCGCUUGGGCUGUGGUCACUGGCGCCUCAGAAGGCAUUGGACGCGAGUUCGCUCUGCAGUUGGCUGCAAAGGGAUUCAAUGUGCUCGUCGCUGCUCGAAAUGCCAAGGCAUUGUCCGAGCUCACGACUGAAAUUGAAUCCAAGUCCAAGGUACAGACCAAGACUCUGGUCAUGGAUUUCAGCAAGCUAGACGAUGCUAGUCAAUGGGGCCGUUUCCGUUCUGAGGUCGAGAACCUUGACGUUGGUGUCCUUAUUAACAAUGUCGGUAGGUCACAUAACUACCCCACAGAUUUCGUCGAUACGCCUGUAGACGAGGUGGACAAUAUCGUGAAAAUUAACGUCAAUGCUACGGUUCAUGUUACCAAGGCUAUCGUCCCUGGUAUGGUUCAACGUCGGCGUGGUUUGGUCAUUUCCAUCGGUUCAUUCUCAGGCGUCAGCGUUGUCUCGCCCAUGUUGGCUACUUACGCCGGCACAAAAUCCUUCCUUGCCUCAUUCUCUGCUGCCCUGGCUGAAGAAGUCAAAGGUAAGGGUGUAGACGUUGAGUCCUUGAACACGUACUUCGUCGUUUCGAACUUGUCAAAGAUCAGGAAACCCAGUCUCAUGAUUCCCACACCGAAAGUAUACGUUCGCUCUGUUCUUUCCAAGAUAGACCUUCCCUGCGGUGCACUCUUCACUGGCCGUCCGCAUGUCGUCACUCCUUACUGGAGCCACGCCCUGCUAGACUGGCUCAUGGUGGGUAUUUCCAGAACGUGAUCGGAUGGAAGAUGUUCUUCGCUCGAUACACGCAUAACCUCCAUAAAUCCAUCAACAAGCGCGCUUUGAAGAAGAUAGAACGGGAGGCUAAGAAGCAGUGAUUAUUUUCAGGAUACAGCUGUAUAUGCUUUUUGUGCUGUCUACUUUCUCUCCUGUCUCGUGCUGGAUUCGGACCCCAUGUCUCAUGCAGUGCACUUCGGCGAUUGUCGUGGAAAUGUUACUAAAUUCUUUCUGUGGAAAAGUACUGAAACUGUUUGGAUACCCGUGGUCGUAAUCCCCGUCACCGCUUGUCUGUUCGGAUGGCCUGGUUUAAAAGCAAAGCGGAAUGUGUAUUACAGUCCAGGAGCUGAGCAAGUUGCAUGGUCGAUUCACAGGUUGUAAAUUGAUAAUUGCCUUUUUGUUUGGGUUGUGAAAGGCCACAUUUACGGCCAUUACUACCAGUUAUGAAAAAAACUCAGGGCCGAUCGAUCGAGCCAAACUGUAGCACAACACAUAAGUUCAUGCUAGCUAUGGUGCAUACAGGCCUGGCCAGCUCCCAAAAAUCCAAUCACAUUCCGCUAGAAAUCAGGGAUCAUCAAGCAGCAUGUAUUUCAGUCCUGUACUUCACGUUCUCACAGGUGCAAAGAAUAUUGAGAGAGAAUAUGCGAGUCCUGCUAUACUUAGCCUUAAAACAAUGUCUCAGAACCUCGAAAUAAUUGAGAAUGAGACAGGAGAACUAGUUUCCCGCUAGUCGACAAAGCAAGACACUAAGCUUUCUUG